ACAUCAGCGAUCAGUUGAUUUUUCCGGCCAUGGAGGACUUCGAUGCAACACAGGGAGCAGAUCUGCUGAGCUUGGCCUUGGGCAGACAGCCUGGAGCCUCAGACUUGGACGACUACGUCGACUUUGAGGUCUACUUUGAUGGCACCGAGGAGGCGGAGGACAGCGGUCAAGCGCUGGCCUUUCUGCGGGCCAAGCUCUGCGAGGUCUUCGAGCGGCUGAGGACCGAGCUGGAUCCGUACCUGUGGCACAGGGAUCGCUUCAUCCUCGAGCCCUGCUUGGAGGAAGAGCCUCACCUCACAGGGCACCUGAGAAUAGGCGACGGCAUGGAGGACGAGUGGUUUGUGGUGCAUUUGCUGCGCCGCCUCAGUGCUGAGCGGCCUGACGUCUCGUGUAGAGUCGUGGAUGCCGAUGGGGAGGUGAUACUCAUUGAGGCAGCCCUAGCGGCGCCUCGUUGGGCGUCGCCCGCCAACGCAGAGAGCCGAUGUUGGCUCCGCGGAGGCCAGGUGCACCUCCUGCCCCGGCCGCAAGAGGGCGAGCCGCCGCAGCUGUCCCGGAGAGAGGGUCUCCGCCGCCUGCGCGGCGGCGACGGCAGUGUGGCGCGAGGUAAGAUGCAGAGGGCCAUCGAUGGCAGGCUGCAAGGCUACCCGAAGCGAGCCUUUGAGCUGUCCCGGCAUGUUGUGCGGGCUGUCCUGCCAGAGAGGGUGGCGCGGCUUCUGCUGGCCAUGCCCGAGCUGAUAGCAGUGAUUUUGGAUCACCUGCCAACACCCCCGACGCGCGAGCUGCAGCGGCUGCGCAGGGACCUGCCAGAGGAUCAGUCAGCCCAGUACUUCGACUGCGAAAGCUUGCGGGAGGACGAGGAGACGUUCUGCGUCGGCAUACGCUUCACACGGCUCCAGUACGCGCGGCUGGUGAGCCUCCGAUGCCAGGUGCCGCAGCGCUUUGCGCGGAAGCGGUGGAAGCUGCCCAAGGGCGGCCAAACCAGCGAGAAGGCCAUGCAGCUGGGUGCCAUGCUCUGCGCUGGCCUCGAGGCUGCCUACUUGCAGGGCACUCGCAGCGCCACAGCUGUGCUUCGCUGGCGUGAGGUCCCGGAGGUCUUGCCCUGGGCGUCUGACCCGCAUUUUCGGCACCACCUGUGUCCUGAGUUGCUGCAGUCCACCUCUGCGCGUCGAGCCUAUGCUCAGCAAGACAACCUCGAGGAGCCCUUCCGAGAGGCCUUGCUCCGCGCCUUACAAAAUCCGGUGCUAAAGGCGGUGCGUUUUGAGGAGCACUGGCGUGAUCGGGACGAUCCAGAAGACUGGAUGCAGGUCUCGCAGGAAGAUUUGGAUCGCGACAUGAAGGUGCGACAGGCAGAGUUUGACAGCUUCGACCAGAAGCGGCAGAAAUCCAGCGCCGCCUCUCAGGGACCUUCAGCAGAGGAGCUGCAGAAGGAGGUGGCCGCCAUGGGCUCGAAGAUCUCUCAGCUCCUGCAAGGCUCCUCCUCCGUGGACGGCGUGGAGGCGGAUGCGCCUGCCGCCAGCACGCGGCCUGGCUCGGACAGUGGCAGCGACUCAGAAUCGGAAGACUCAGCCAAGCAACUCGACGUUUUGGGCAUGGAGGAGGAUGCAGAAGAGGCCAGCGAUCAUGAAGACGGGAGUGAUGAGGAAGGUGGGCGGAUGCAGGACUACUUCUCAGAGCUGGAUGACCAGCUGGAGGGCGUUUUGGACGGUGAGGCCGCUGAGGAGGAGACGCCCGACCGCUUGCCCCUGAGCUCUCGGCACGUGAAGGUCCAUUCAACAGAUGGUGUGGAGCUGGACAUGCACGCAAUGGAGCACGUGCUGGCCUCUUUUUGUUCUGAGAACCGGCUGGAGCCGGGCCCGGCCACGUUGCUCCUCGGGGAGCUCGGCUUGGGAGGAAUGACAUCGACUUCAUCUUUGGAUGGCCUCGACUAAACAACA